AUGACCUGGCUUGGCAGGUUUUCUGCUCGCGUUGCUUCGACGAUGAAGACGCAUUCUUCCUCUUUGAAUGAAUCACCUCGUGUCGCCACCCUCCAGGCUGUCAAACAGACUCUCCUUGAGCAACAAGCGAAUCGCAAGCGAGACUCCCUCAUACAGGAGCUCGCACAAGUCCAUCGUACUCAGCAGAACCCUACAAGUACGAGCUCGAAGAUAGGCUUCGGUGCCGCUAUGAUGGUGGGAGCUACAAUUCUUCUUACGCCGAUGAAGGAAGCGACUCCAGCCAGAGUUAUCAUGACUGGAGUUGAGCACCACCUUCAACGCCGAAGAGGCCAGACAGGCUUCCUUGUAUCCAUGGUCUGGAUGAAGGAGAAGUACAGAUGGAUUGUGACACAUCUGCUGGCGAUGAUCGUGGCCAUAGCCACGUACUGGAAAGUUACAAUGUCUUCCUGA